AUGGGAGCUGGAGGACAAAGAGGGACAAUGGAGAGCUGCUGGUUCGCCCUGCGCCUUUCUGUAUUGCUGUGUUUUUCACAGCAGGGCUCAGCUCAGAUAAGAUAUUCCAUCCCAGAGGAAGUAAACGUGGGAUCUGUUGUUGGAAAUGUCGCCAAGGAUUUGGGACUUGACAUCGGUACGUUGACUGACAGACGUUUUCGUGUUGUUUCUGGAUCUAACGAUGCUCUGUUCGAUUUAAACCAGAACAAUGGCCUCUUGUGUGUCCAUGAAAAUAUCGACAGAGAGGAGCUGUGUGACGGUAAUGCUGCCUGCUCAAUAAACUUGAAAAUAGUGGUAGAGAACCCUUUAGAAAUACAUUAUGUUGCCGUUGACAUCGCCGAUGUGAACGAUAAUUCACCCAUGUUCCAAGAGGAAGAGAAAAUAUUAGAAAUAUCAGAAUCCACUCUCCCAGGCAAGCGUUUUCAAUUACCAGCCGCCAGAGACCCAGAUAUGACUGUUAACUCUGUACGUGCGUAUAAAAUAAACAGCAACGAACAUUUUAAUAUGCAGAUACGAGAAAGAGGAGAGGACAGGGUGCCAUUUUUGGUUCUGCAAAAGUCUCUCGAUAGGGAGAAACAGUCCGAGCAUCGAUUGAUUCUGACGGCGGUUGACGGCGGAAGCCCACCAAGGUCUGGGACUCUUAACGUCACGGUUACAGUUAUGGACUCAAAUGACAAUCAUCCUGUAUUCAAGCAGGAGGUGUACUCUGUUACCCUACCUGAAAAUGUCGAGUUUGGGACGGUGGUGGUUAACGUUGAGGCAACAGAUGAGGACCAGGGUACAAAUGGAGAUGUAGAAUAUUUUUUCGGACGUGAACUUGACCCGGAUAUAUAUGAUUUAUUCGGCUUAGACAAAUCAACCGGCGAGAUUAUAGUAAAAGGCGAUAUUGAUUUUGAGAAAGUUGAUGUGUACAAGUUAGACGUCCAUGCCACCGACAAAGGAGCACCCCCAAUGAGCACGGACUGUAGUGUAAUCAUCAAAGUAAUUGACCUUAAUGACAAUAAACCUGAGAUAGAUGUGACGUCCCUCAUCAAUAUGGUAUCGGAGAAUGCAAAACCUGGCACGGUCGUCUCACUGAUUAGUAUAACAGACCGGGACUCCGGAAUAAAUGGUAAAGUUAUAUGUAGCCUUGCACAAAAUGAGCCAUUUGAGUUAAAACCGUCAUUUCAAGAUAAUAUGUACUCCUUAGUCACCAGGCAAAAAUUAGACAGGGAAACGGUUUCACAUUAUGACAUCACCAUAACAGCUACUGACUGUGGCGACCCUCCCCUGUCGACCUUCAAAACAGUGAGUAUUCGGGUAUCAGAUGUGAACGAUAACAGCCCACAAUUCUUGCAAAACCCAGUGGAACUUUACCUGGUAGAAAAUAACAUCCCUGGUAAAUCCAUUUACUCUGUCAGUGCUUCUGACAACGACUUAAAUGAAAACGCUGCAAUACUCUAUGAAAUAGUGAGAGGGGGAGGAAGUCUGAAUGACAUGGCAUCGUUCCUCAGUAUAAAUUCUGACAACGGACACAUUUCAGCACUGAAAAGUUUUGACUUUGAAACUUUGAAGACUUUCCAGUUCCAAGUGGUUGCCACAGACUCCGGAAGUCCCCCGUUGCGCAGCAACGUGACAGUGAACGUGUUCAUCCUGGAUCAGAACGACAACGCUCCAGUCAUCUUGUAUCCAGUCAGCGGUAACGGUUCUGCUGAAGGUGUGGAGGAGAUUCCCCGCAAUGUGAACGCAGGUCAUCUGGUGACUAAAGUGAGAGCGUAUGACGCUGAUAUAGGAUAUAACGGCUGGUUGUUAUUUUCACUGCAGGAAGUCACUGACCACAGUCUGUUUAGCUUGGACCGCUACACAGGACAGAUAAGAACACUUCGCCCAUGCACAGAGACAGACGAGGCUGAACAUAAACUGGUCAUACUGGUGAAAGACAAUGGGAACGUGUCACUCUCAGCAACAGCUACUGUGGUUGUCAAGGUUGUGGAGCCCAAAGAGGCUUUUGCUGCUUCUGAUGUUAAAAGUGCAGCAAAAGAUGAAGAUGAGGACAAUGUGACACUUUAUUUGAUGAUAACUUUGGGCUCAGUUUCAGCACUUUUCCUCAUCAGCAUCAUCGUGUUGAUUGUAAUGCAGUGCUCCAAACCUGCAGACUAUUCCUCCAAGUAUUUACAAGACCCUAAUUAUGACGGGACUCUGUGCCACAGUAUCCAGUACAGAUCUGGAGACAGACGGUACAUGUUAGUUGGACCCAGAAUGAGUAUAGGAUCUACUAUAGUCCCAGGAAGCAAUGGGAAUACUCUAGUGGUCCCAGACAGGAGACAAACAUCUGGAGAGGUAAGAUGUGUUUCAAAAUGUCAUGUGCAAUUACAUACUACGUAUAUUUGA